AUGAGCACGAUACUCCACGGCGGCCACGGCGACUUCGGGGCCUGCACCACCCGCCAUGGCGACAAAGCCGCGACGACGCACACCGAGACGAUAGCAGCGAGCCACGCCGCCGCACCGGGAGCCGCCCUCAGCCUGUUCGAGUCCAUCAUCACCUCGUACCCGCCCGUCCUGGAGUCGCUCCUCGCCCAGAUCUCCACCGUCACCCUCCUCGAACUCUACCACACAUCACGGCACUUGCGCCACUUCCUGCAGCAGUACCCCCUCGCAUGGAAGACGCUCUCCUUCCGCCUGCCCCAGCCCGCCGUCGCAGUGGGCUCGCCCGGCAACGAGACGCCUGAGAACCGGGAACGCCAGUCCAAGGCCUACUCGCUGAACGCCCUCCUCAUACAGACCAUAUUGCCAAACGGGUCACGAUUGACCAGCCUGGACCUCUGCAACACGGCCGUGGCUGGCGUCUCGCUCAUUGGCGACGUAGUUGGCCCGCGCAAGGACACCCUCCAGCAUCUGUCGGUACGCGGCUGCAAGAACGUCUCCAUCAAGUACCACAUCGUGCCCUUCCUCGAGCCAUACACGCUGAAGGACGCGCCCUGGAUAAAGAAGGAUCUCGCUCUGAAGAGCCUAUACACCUACCGCUGUCGACACCACCGCCGGCGGCCCUAUCUGCCCUCCUCCCUCAUCCGGCGAGACUCCGAUUCCGACCCUACCCACCAGCUCAUCGAGAUAUGCCAUCAGUUGGGGAUAUGGACAGAUACAGCGUGGUGUCCGACACCGGGCGGCAGGUGCAACCGGAGGAAGGACUACCACGCCGGAAGAGCAGGACCCCAGAACAUGGAAGUCUGGGUACCCUUUGACCGGUUAUGGCGAUCGAGCAACCGCAUUGGCCCGGUAGAAGGCACGACAAAGCUGGGCGAACACGAUGGCAGACUGUGGGAGAUUGCCGAGACAGGAGAAGAUGGCGAGCCACUCGGUCCCGAAGACGGGAACUCCGCCGGAGAAGGCAAACAUGUCCCGGUGCACGAGCGGAGGAGCCACACUGCCUUUGUUGAAGAGGUCAAAUGCGCCCAAUGCAACGAUCCCAUCCUGGAGCGAUGCGAGUCGUGCAGUGUCCGCAUGCACUGCAUGGGCUGCAGGAAGACGCUCUGCGCGAGCUGCGCCUUCAACAGGCCGAUACCGAGGAAACGGGUCAAGACACGGCACUUUGCAAACCUGGCUUUUGGCAACAGCAGCACAUUGGGCGGCACACUCGGUCACGCGUCAGGGUCUUCUGGACCACUGGAAGACCGGAGUCAAGAGGAAAAGGCCGACCAGAACCGCUUCUGGUGGGCCCCAGGCGCGAGCCGAUCACCAAACCUCAUGAACGAGGGUGCACAGGAUGAUGACGACUCUGAUUCUGAAGACGGGAACAACGGUAUGCCUGUACCACCUGCGAACCGCGAGCCUCCAAAAUUGAACAUGCAUUGGUGCUGUCUUGAGCCCAUCUUCUCUGGUGGCGGCGGCAUUGCUGUCCUGGGUACUGGACUGGGUGGCCGAGGAGCGGAUAAGAUACGCGCAGCGCCUUUACCUCGCACGAAGGAGUAUGAGGAUCCGGACUUCAGCAACACACUUCGACCCGUGGACUACGUCCGGGAGUUGAAGAACAACGGCCUGUACGAAUAUGUGCUUGGGGAAGACGUUGAUAUCCUGUCGUACUUGAAGCAGGACUCGCUUGACCUGCAACAACAAACAUGUCCGAGAGGGCUAUGUAAUGACUGCUAUCGAAGCUUCCGGUGGAAAGUGUCAUGUCGGGCUUGCAAGAACCCCAUAUGCAAGGAGCAUGACUUCAGGGCGCUCAAGGUCCGCAAGUGUGGCUACCGGGACCUACAUACCGAGCGAGACCAUGUGCGGUCGCAUAACGAGCCGCCACAACGCCUUGUCAUACCCGAGUUCAAUCCAAACCGGGCCAGUACACCGGAUCCUGAACGCACACCCACAGCAUCGUCAUCGCAUCUAGACUUCUACUCCACAGGUGACAAUGAGUCUGAAUCGUCCGAGACACCCAUGUCUCAAUCGCAGAUCAUGGUUGCUCCCCAACACUCGUCAAUCGACAUGUCAACCACAACGUCCUUCAAUUCUAUUUCAAAUCCCGAGCCUUUCCAACUUGCCACCUCGCUGUCGUUUGUUCCCAUCAGCUCUGGGCCAAUUCUCAAGGAGUGCUCGGAGUGUGCGGUUCUUGUUUGCGAUCAAUGCGCGUCAUCAAAUCCAACUUGCACGUGCACAUUCUGCACUGUCAACUACCACUGCCCGACAUGCACACACAAACCCAACGUCCGUGCCAAAUGCCGGCUGGAGGCAGAGAUCAAACAAAAGAAAGAGGAACAACUUCGUGCCAUCGCCAAGCAGAGGAAAGACAAGGAAGAGCGCGGGCAAGCAGAUGAGCUGGCUGGACAGAUGUUCGAGUUCUUCACAACAGUCUAUGAUGAGAGCACUGUCAACCCGACCAUGGAUGGCCCCUCAUCAUAUACACAUGAGCUGCCUAUCCCGAGCCCGGACUCUAUCACUGUGACAACGGAAUUUGGUGUCAUGGAAGAACCCGCAAACUUGACUACCAUCAGUGCGUCUGGGCCUUCGCCGUAUCACGCUGCCUACGACCAUUCCGACGAUGAAGAGAAUAACGUCGAGAUGACCGAAGACGUGAACGAGGAGGUUGAAGCACUUCAACAAGGGCUAGCGCAGAUGCACCUUACUCCUGUGCCAGGAAUGAGUGCCCACAUAUUGCAUCUACCGGUAGACGUUGAGGCUGAACACGUCCAGCAUGACAACGAGGUGGAACAGUCCGAGGAAGUCAACGACACCGGCGCGGAGGCGGAUAUAGAUACCGACGAGCUCGACGCAGGUGCCGAAAGCACCUUUGUCGAUGAGAGCGGCGAUGAUACUCUAGGCGGCGGUAUUCUCACGCCGACAACCACACUCACAGCAUGA